AUGAUUUUAGACAUUUUGGUCAAACUUAAUAAAUUAAAGAUAAUUUUAGCAUCAACAUCACCAAGAAGAAUUGAAUACCUUGGUAAAUUGGGUGUAAAAUUUGAAAUUGUUGAAUCAAAAUUUAAGGAAGAUUUAGAUAAAAGUCAAUUUCAAUCAGUUUAUGAUUAUUGUUUAGAGAAUGCAAAAUUAAAAGCAAUUCAUGCUGGAAUACAAUUAAAAGAACAAAAUCAACAACCAAAUAUUAUCAUUGGGUCAGAUAGUAUUGUAGUAUAUGAUAAUAAAAUAUUCGAAAAACCAAAAUCAUUAGAAGAAGCUAAAUCCAUGCUAACUUUAUUAAGUGGUAAAAUUCAUACCGUUUGCACAGCUGUCCAUAUUGAAUUUUUUAAUGAAAAUACAAAUUCUAAAGGAUCCUCUAGUUUUUACACUUUAACAAAUGUUGAGUUUGAUCAAUUAUCACCUGAAUUAAUUAAUUAUUAUGUUGACAAUUUCAAACCAUUGGAUAAAGCGGGCUCUUAUGGCAUCCAACAAACCCCAGCAGCAUCUUUUAUAAAAUCAAUUAAUGGUGAUUUUUAUAAUGUCACCGGUUUACCAAUUCAUGAUCUUUCAAUUAAUUUAAGAAAAAUUUAUGUUGACAAUUUUUUAGAAAAAUAA